AUGACGUCCCGCCCCCCAGUUGCCUUCCGCUCCCCGAGCCAGCCCCUCCUCCCCACAACAACCCGCUCACGCAGCCGCUCAGCUGUCGGCAGCCUCUCCAAGACCUCCAGGCCCUCCACGGGCGCACGCCGCACCUCUGUCGCCGGUCUCUCAGGUGUCACCGCCGCCAAGGCACAACGCUCAUCCAAGACCACCGGCAAGCACGUUGUCCUCCCCUCUGCGCCUCAGACCAAGCCUCUGCGUGCGUACGGCCAAGGUGGCUCAGAUGAAGAUGUGCUGGGCUAUGAGACGGACGCCGGCGUCCGCGUGACGGCGCCCAAGAGCGCCGCGGAGCGCAUGUCCAAGGACGAGAGGAGGCGUGCAGGCGCUCGAAGGAUCACGGCGUACUGCGUCGCCGAGAGCUUGAGAAUGAAGCAUCUCGCUGGAUGGCUGAAGAGGGAGCACAACGUCUCGCCGCGGGUGUUCGACGAGGCCAUGUACGUCAUGUACCACCUCCCCCUCCUCCCCGGCUACUCCUCCGCGAACGUACGCUCCUCCGCACCGCAAAAGGUCACCCGCGCACUCAUGACGCGCCUCUCCGAGGCCGAGGAAAACGGCUACCAGGGCUCAUACUUCGCCCCCGCCCCCGAGGAAGGCGCCUACACCGCCGACGACGGCUACAUGACCUCUGGCUCGCCCGAGACCCACCGCGACCGCCGCCUGCCCCCACAGCACAUGCCCGAGAGCGAGAGCGACGCCGAGCGCUUCUACGAGUCCGAGCAGGACGCACACCACCCCCACGACGGGGCGCAGGACUCCGAGACAGACGCAGAAGCCGAGGCGGACAGGCUCGUGGACGAGGCGCGCCGGCUCAUCGAGUCCGAGUCGGAGUUCGAGCGCGAGCCAGACACCGAGCUGGAGACGGACGCAGAGCACGAAACAGACCGCCUGCUGAGCGACGCCGAGAGCGAGCGCACGCAGGUUCUCCCGCGCCCGCCCAUCCCCCUCUCCUCGUCUCCGCAGUCUGCGCCUGCUGCCGAACUGCGCGUCACCGCGGAUGAUGUCGAGCUUGUCCCGCGGACGCUCAGCCCGACCUCGACGCGCACCGAGCCCGCGCUGCCUGUUGCGGCUGACCACGCCGCCCGCGAGGUGCACUUCCGGGACACGCCGCCUGUGGCGCUGGAGGAGCGCCAUCGCGAGAAGGAGGUGAAGGCGCUGGAGGCGGCGAAGGCGAAGGCGGGCGCGUACGUGCACGAUCCGGCGAACGUUGCCGAGGCGGUGUUUUUCGCGUACGGUGUUGUCGUGCUCUUCGGAUUCGACGAGGCUCAGGAGCACGCCGUCCUCGAGGACAUUACGGGCGCGGGCGCGCUCAGGCGGGCGAUCAAAGAGGACGACUGGGAGAUCGAGGAGUGUCAUUAUGCGUACGACUCAGAGAUCGCGUACCCGCGCAUCUACAACGACUUCUUCACAUUCAAAUCCCCCUCACACCUCCUCACCCUCUCCGUCGCACACGCCAUCGCGCAGUCCACCCUCCUCGCGCACUACGAAUCCGAACUCACCUCCGUCCUCUCCGCCCCGCAAACCGUCUCCAUCCCGCGCCAGCUCGCCUCGUCCGGGUCGCUCAAGCUCUCGCGCGCCGACGCGCUCAAGCUCACCGGGCGCCUGUUCAAGCUGCGGCGGGACGUGAAUCUGGUGAGCAACGUGCUGGAUGUGCCGGAGCUGUUCUGGGCGGAGGCGAGUAUGCGCGGGUUGUAUGAGAGUGUGAGGGAGUAUAUGGAGGUGGGCGAGAGGGGGGCGGUGGUUAAUGAGCGGUUGGGGGUGGCGAGUGAUUUUUUGGAUGCGAUUCACGAUCAUCUUAAUAAUAAUGCGAUGGAGCGGAUAACGUGGAUUGUGAUUUGGCUUAUCGUGGCUGCGAUUCUUGUCGAGCUCGGAGAGGUCAUCGCGCGCCUUGUCGUGCACGCCACGGGCGGCAGCAACAAGGCCGGAGCGAUGAAGAUGCUCAUGCGGAGCUUGUCCUCGCCUUCGAGUUAAGCGCCGGCCGUCAUAUUGGGCUCGUUCAGUCAGCUUCGCCCCUGCCCGUGCACUGAAUGUGCAUAUUCGUUUAUUGAGUUUUCGAUUACCCCUUAGAAAUUCGUAUCAUCGGACUUAAUGUUAGUGUAGUAUAUGCGAAUGCAUGGAUUUAUC